AUGGGCUUCGAAGAUUUGGGUCUCAGCGAGAGGCCCGGCCAGCGGCAAACCUGUUCUGCCGAGGUCCUGAGCGAACUGCAGCAGCAACUGCAUGCUCUCUCUCAAGGUCAAAUGAUGGACUGGGAGCAGAAGCCCGGGCAGAAGGUCCGUGUGCCAACCUGGAGCCGUUUCCAUCUCAACAAGGUGCACGAACGCUUGUACCUGGAUGCCUCCGAGCGGCAGGAUCGGAAGCGGGCCUUGCAGGAGAGCAUCCAGCAAGCUCGGGAGUUCGAGGUCUUGGACAUCUUCCGGUCUCAACAUCCUUGGUCCGUCGCCACAGCUGGGAGGAUUUGA